UCCACCCACCAGAACCAUGAGCUGCUGUGGCUGCUCGGGGGCUGUGGCUCCAGCUGCUGUGUGCCUGUCUGCUGCUGCAAGCCCGUGUGCUGCUGUGUGCCGGCCUGUCCCUGCUCUAGCUGUGGGUCCUGCGGGGGCUCCAAGGGGGGCUGUGGGUCCUGCGGGGGCUCCAAGGGGGCUGUGGGUCCUGUGGGGCUCCAAGGGGGCUGUGGGUCCUGCGGGGGCUCUAAGGGGGGCUGUGGGUCCUGUGGGGGCUCCAAGGGGGGCUGUGGAUCAUCCUGCUGCCAGUCUAGCUGCUGUAAGCCCUGCUGCUGUGAGUCCUGCUGCUGCAAACCCUGCUGCUCCCAGUCCUGCUGCUGCAAACCCUGCUGCUCCCAGUCCUGUUGCUGCAAACCCUGCUGCUCCCAGUCCUGCUGCUGCAAACCCUGCUGCUCCCAGUCCUGCUGUUGCAAACCCUGCUGCUGUGAGUCCAGCUGCUGCAAGCCCUGUUGCUCCCAGUCCAGCUGCUGCAAACCCUGCUGCUCCCAGUCCUGUUGCUGCAAACCCUGCUGCUGCCAGUCCAGCUGCUGCAAACCCUGCUGCUCCCAGUCCAGCUGCUGUGUCCCUGUUUGCUGCCAGUGCAAGAUUUGAUUCUUUAGCACAUGCACCCCCUGGCUACAGAUCUAAUGCCCAGGACAGAGUUCAGUGCUCCAUCUCAAACCCCUGAAUCACAGCCCUGGCCUGCUUUUUCUUGGAAUGGGAAGCAGGAAUGUUUAGGGCAGAAAUAGCUUGCUCACACCCCCCAAGAGGGGCCUGUCCCCCUUACCAUCUGGUCAUCUCCUCCAGAAAGGCUCUCAACAGCCUCCAUUCCCAGGUUACCACGGUCUGCCAGGAUACUCUGAUCUCUUCUCCCCCGGCCCCAGUCCAGCACCCAGGCAUCUCCCUGAGGGAAGCUCCUGAUGCCACAUGCUAAUUCCCUGUCUCUUAUAGUCUGUGCAUUCUGAGCUUCUUGACCUUGUCAGACCUUUAAAUAAACAUACCCAUUCCCCACAAGUCCUAGUGAUUCUUUCUUCCUGCUUCUGUUAAUCUCCCACUUCUGUCCUCUCCCUGGAGUGUUAUCCUCCUUUGGACUUCCUGAGUCCCACCAGGGUAUCCAGUAACCCUGUGCCCCAUGCAACACGGUGUGCUUAGUGCCCACUGCAUGCACCCCAUGAAGAACUGGAGCCCAGGCGAGAACAGGACAUGACACCCACCCAGAGGUGCACCUGCCCAGAGGCGACCAGGACUGUGGUGCUGGAGGACAACAAAGGUCCAGGCAGCCACCAGGGCAACAGGACACCACUGGGGUGAGGGGUAGAGACUAGCCAGGGCAAAGGGAGUGGGGACCAGCCAAUACUUUUGAGUAGUUUGGGGUAGACCAUUGGACUGGGGAGCAGAUGGGAAGACGAGGCUGCCCCCCUUUGUUUCUGAGUCAGGGAACUCAAAGUGACCUUCCCUAUUGGUCUUAGAUAUCAUUUUGAAUAAAUAACACAGGAUAACAUCAGAAUGAUUUAAUGGCUUGCUAUUUGUUCUAAGGGGAUUUAUGUUUUCAAAUCUUAAUAAAGCAAACAGAAAUGCCA